AUGCCGUGGGGCCUCACGUUGAAGAGUUCUGAAUUGUGGGCCCGUUGUGACGCUCCCUUCAAUGUUGCUGGAAUACAGCUCCCUAGUAUCUUCCCCUCGGAGGGCAUCGGCAAGCAGCAAUCAGAGGCGGGGCUACAUGACAAGCGGGACAGAGCUACACUGCAAGCAGGGCAGAACUACAGGCAGGCGAUCCCUCUGCCUG